CGAAUAUUCAAAACUCGGUAUCCGUACGUUUUCCGGCAGUUGGAGUGAAUUUUUGGGGCAACGCAAUGGCCAAGGGCGGAGACAAGCGACAGCGCCGGGACCGGACCCCCGAGCCGCCGGCCGAAGCCCGCAAGAAGGCCAAGGGAGGCCACGACGAGGAAGAGGAAGACGACGACGAGGACGACGUCCGUGGCAUCACCAUGCGCUCGAAGAAGAGCAAGCCGAUCCGAGCGCAGCCCAUGGACUCGUCCGACGACGAGGCCGAGGUCAACAAUACCAACGCCAUGGCGCCACCAUCCAAUGAGGGGCAUGCUGCCGAAGAGAGCGCGUUUGUGACACCAGCCGCGACGCCCAACGAGCCGCGCGACGCCUCGCAGACGGAAGAGGCCAUGGCCGCCCGUCGCCGCCCGCGCGCCAAGGGCUCGCUCGCUCGCCGGAAGUCCCUGACGCCGGUCACCAAGACCAAGCAGUACGUCGCCGACAUGUAUUCGAAGAUCAUCCAAAUGUCGUCGGAAAACAAAAUCAACUCGAAGAACGCGUUCUCGCUGCACCUGAUCGACCACAUUGACGACAUCCUCGUCGAGAAGCGGCAAGAGGACGAAGACUCGACCGAUACGUACAACUUUCAAAAAGCCAGCUGCACGCUCGACGCCAGCGUCAAGAUCUACUCGUACCGCGUCGACGACACGUGGAACUCGUCGUUCAAGGUGCUCGAGAACCUCACGCGCGGCGACGACGUGCCAGAUGACGACGACGACGGGGCGUCCCAGCGCCGCCAGGCAACCAAGAAACUCACGACGGGCAACACGACCGAGUCCAACAUGAACAACAUCAACAUGAAGUCGGUGGACCUCGAGUUCCAAGUCGACCCGCUCUUCCAGAAGAUGUCGCAGGCCUUUGACGAGGGCGGCGCAAAGGGCAUGCUUCUCGUCAACCUCAGUGUCCAUGACGGCUGCAAGAUCAUGCUCGACUCAAGCAAUGUGCAGGCUGUGCCCGAGAAGAUCGAACCGGCGGCUGCGGCCGACAAGGUCGAGGCCAAGCCGCUCAUUAACAUCUCGGGCUUGGCCAAGCGCCUGCGCGCCGAGCCGAUGCUGGCCGAGGAACAGGAGAUUUGCCCAAAGCUCGAACACUUCUACGACCAGCUCAAGAGCAUGAACCACGAUUUUUUCGAAAAGAAGGUGACGGUGCCCCGCCUCGACAUUGCCGCGUCGCAGUCGAGUCGCCCGCGCCGCAUGACGCUGCUGCCCAACGCCAACGAGUCGAUGAUGAUGGACGACGACUACGACAUGGGCAUGGGCGCUGACGACGACGACGACAACGAUGAUGAUUACGCACCGUCCGAGUACGCGCCAACACCGGCACCCGCACCAGCCCCGGCCCCGAUCGAUCCCGCGACCGCCGACGCAGUCGUGCCGGACGACGAAGAGCAGGACGAGCCGGUUGCCAAGCCGCUCAACUUUGACGAUGUCGAGGACGACGACGACGACGAGCAGCCCGAAGUGGAAGCGGCGGUGGAUCUGCCGGUGGAUGAUAUUGACGACCAGCACCAGCACAUGCUCGAGAGCGCGCUCAUGCGCUCGGUGGGCGGCGACCAAACGGACGAAUACUCAUUUUUCGACGCGAAAACACUCAAGAACUGGGCGGGGCCGUCCCAUUGGAAGCUCAAGCUGCGUUGCGUCCGGGCGUCAGCCAAGCCGUCAGCCAAAGCAUCGACCAAAGCAUCGGCCAAAGCGUCCGCCAAAGCGUCCGCCAAGCCGUCGGACAAGUCACGCAAGAAGGAAGCGUUUACGUUUACGGCCACCGAGUACGACCUCGCGGCGGCCUUUAAGAAGCCCAAGAAGCCCAAAAUGAUGUUGACGCUCGGGGACUCUGUGUGCAAGCGGCACGAAAUCGAAGCCGCCAAGCUCGUGUACCCCGUGGACCUCCACGUGCAGCUCCCUGGGUUUUACCAGCUGUUUACGCGGCCGCAGUCAAAGAUCUUUGCGCAGGCGCCGGCGUCGAUGCUGAGUCACAAGAGCAGCGCGUCGACGGUCGCGGCCAUGUCGUUUGGCCGGACGCCCGUGCACUCGAACGACCACGCGCCGCACGACAACGACGAUGGCGAUGAUGGCAUUGACUUUGGCGGCGGCGCUGAUGAUUUCAACCCUGCCGACGACUACAACGUCUCGGGGCUGCUCCAAGCCGACCGGGUCGUCGACAAGAUCAACAUUACGUAUGAGAAGUUUGCCAAGCGCGUGGACGUCAAGAAGCUCAAGGAGAGCAUUUGGUCGACGCUGCCGUUCCAUGUCGAGACCAACGCCGAUGACGAAGACGAAGAAGAGACCAAGGAGGACGCUUCGGUGGACGAACUCUCGGCGUCGGCGGCCAAGCUUCAUGUAGACGAUGUGGUGUCGUUUGAAGAGAUGGUGCACGACGUGGCCCCCAACGUGCCCCGCAAUGUGACCGUGUCCUUUUACUUUAUUUGUAUGCUGCACCUCGCGAACGACAAGGGCCUCGAACUCACGGGGCAAGACGACCUCCAGGAUUUCAAAAUUGCCAAAGACAAGUCGAUUUCGCAUUAGAUGGCUCUCGUUGUCAUCGUUCAUAAUCAUCUUCUUUGGUUGCAAUUGUUGUGUGGUACUAUCGCACA